AUGAAUGUGUUAAAACUACAAAAAAAGUUCCCAGUGUUGGAGCAGAAUGAUCUUUUUGGGAUUAUUGAAGAUUUCAGAAACAUUGACUUAGAAGAUAAGGGGUGGGUUGAAAAAAAAGACGUUAUUAACUCCGUUUCUCAAAAAGGAGAAUAUACUUAUGAUCAAGCAAGAGAAACAUUAAAAAAUGUAGAUGUCGAUGCUUCUGGACAUGUGGAAUUAGAUGAUUAUGUAGAAUUGAUGGCUAAGUUGAAAGAAUCGAGAUCAGCGCCUUCAAGAGCCGCUGCUCCUGCUGCUGCUGCUGCUGCUACCGGAGGUGCUAGUGCUUCAAAUGCAUCAACAUCGGCGCCUGUUCCAAGCGCCAAUACCGCUCAUAAAACAUAUAUUACUGGUAAGACUUCAGGUACAACCCAUACUAUUAAUGAUGAAGAAAGAAUUGAAUUUACAAGACAUAUAAACUCGGUUCUUGCAGGAGAUGCGGACAUCGGUGACAGAUUGCCAUUUAGUACUGAAAAUUUCCAAAUAUUUGACGAAUGUCGUGAUGGGUUAGUAUUGUCUAAAUUAAUUAACGAUUCAGUUCCAGAUACUAUUGAUACUCGUGUUUUAAACCUUCCAUCCGCAAAGAAGAAGGUUUUAAACAAUUUCCAGAUGUCUGAAAAUGCAAAUAUUGUUAUAAAUUCUGCUAAAGCUAUUGGUUGUAUUGUUGUAAAUGUUCAUUCGGAAGAUAUUAUUGAUGGUAAGGAACACUUAAUCUUGGGAUUAAUUUGGCAGAUUGUUAGAAGAGGAUUGUUGUCGAAGGUUGAUAUUAAAUUUCACCCUGAAUUAUAUCGUUUACUUGAGGAUGACGAAACUUUGGAACAAUUCUUAAGGUUGCCUCCUGAACAAAUCUUAUUGCGUUGGUUUAACUAUCAUUUGAAGAAUGCAGGAUCCCAAAGAAGGGUUACUAACUUUUCGAAAGAUAUUAGUGAUGGUGAAAACUACACUGUUUUAUUGAAUCAAUUACAACCAGAACACUGUGACUUGGGCCCGUUAAAAGCUUCUGAUUUGCUAACUCGUGCUGAACAGGUCUUGAACAAUGCUGAAAAAAUUGGAUGCCGUAAGUUUUUAACCCCAACUUCUUUAGUUGCUGGUAAUCCUAAAUUGAAUUUGGCUUUUGUUGCUAACGUUUUCAACAACUAUCCUGGUUUAGAUCCAAUUGAAGAGCAUGAAAGACCAGAGAUUGAAGAGUUCGAUGCAGAAGGUGAAAGAGAAGCUAGAGUUUUCACAUUGUGGUUGAAUUCUUUAGAUGUCGAUCCACCUAUUGUUUCACUUUUCGAAGACUUAAAAGAUGGAUUAGUCUUAUUACAAGCUUAUGAAAAAGUCUUACCUGGAAGCGUAUCCUUUAAGCACAUAAAUAAAAAGCCUGCUAACGGAAGCGAAUUAUCUCGUUUCAAAGCCUUAGAAAAUACUAACUAUGGGGUUGAAAUCGGUAAAGCCAACAACUUCUCAUUGGUCGGUAUAGAAGGUUCAGAUAUUGUCGAUGGUAAUAAAUUGUUAACCUUGGCAUUAGUGUGGCAAUUAAUGAGACGUAACAUCACCAACACUUUAGCUCUGUUGAGCAAUGACGGAAAUAAAAACUUAUCUGAUGCUGAUAUAUUGAAAUGGGCCAAUUCUCAAGUCGUAAAAGGUGGGAAGAAUUCUACUAUAAGAUCAUUCAAAGACUCCUCUUUGGGUAAUAGUGUCUUCUUGUUGGAUGUAUUAAACGGUAUGAAACCAGGCUACGUUGACUACGACUUAGUUCACCAAGGUUCUAAUUUAUCCGAAGAACAAAGGUAUGCCAAUGCCAAAUUGGCUAUUUCUAUUGCCAGAAAGUUGGGAGCCUUAAUUUGGUUAGUCCCAGAAGACAUUAAUGAGGUUAGAAGCAGAUUAAUCUUAUCUUUCGUAGGAAGUUUAAUGUGUGUAGCGGAAAAUUGA